ACUUAUCUGAUCCAUAUUCAUUGUAUAUAUAGUUUGUGGCAUUUCUGGUAUAUGGUCACUAGAAAAAUGGACAAAAGAUUAUGGAGUCUUCAAGGUAUGACUGCUCUUGUGACCGGUGCAGCCAGCGGAAUCGGGUUCGUAGUUCUUCUCUAUUCUCUUAAGUUUAUGUUCUGCUUCGAUAUAACAACCUGAAUGGUCAAGAUUACAUGGAAUUCAUAUUUGUGGAAUGUUUUAGUUAUGCCAUAGUAGAAGAGUUAGCUGGUUUUGGAGCUAAAAUCCACAUAUGUGACAUAUCCAAAACUUUGCUCAAUCAAAGUUUAAGCGAAUGGGAAAAUAAAGGGUUUCAAGUGAGUGGUUCAGUAUGUGAUGUAACCUCUCAUCCUGAGAGAGAAAAACUGAUGCAAACCGUCUCCUCGAUUUUCGAUGGCAAACUCAACAUUCUUGUAAAUAACGUGGGGGUACUUCGCGGAAAGCCAACAACAGAAUAUGUGGCAGACGAUUUCACUUUUCAUAUAUCAACUAACUUGGAAGCUGCUUACCAUUUUUGUCAACUUUCACAUCCUCUCUUAAAGGCUUCAGGCUAUGGAAGCAUUGUAUUCCUUUCCUCUGUUGCUGGGGUUGUAUCACUAAUUGACUGUGGAUCCAUUUAUGGUCUAACAAAAGGAGCUCUAAAUCAAUUAGCUAGAAACUUGGCAUGUGAAUGGGCAAAAGACGGCAUAAGAGCCAAUGCUGUUGCACCUAAUGUUGUCAAGACUGCUCAGUCUCAAUCGUUUCUUGAAGACGUCAGUAAAAAGGAGGGAUUGUUGAGUAGAACUCCACUUGGCCGUGUUGGAGAGCCGAAUGAAGUUUCAUCACUAGUGGUCUUCUUGUGUCUACCUGCAGCUUCUUAUAUCACAGGUCAAACCAUUUGUGUUGAUGGAGGUCUCACGGUUAACGGUUUCUCCUAUCAACCACAUGCUUGAGAAAUAGUCUUGUCGCUCUCAAAGUUCUAUAUCUAAUAAAAGUUCUCAUUCUAUGAGUUUAUAAACGUAAACAUCAAUGAGUUUGCAAUUCCAUAUUGGAGAUACUAAUCUCGCACAUAUACAAGAUUCGGUUACACCCGCUACGCCAACAACUCACACCAAUGUGAUCUCUCAUUCUCUCUCAUAAAUGAAAUGUUAUACUAUUUUUUGAGAAUUGUAGCAUUGAUAGGAUAGAUUACAGUCUAUAUGUCUCUGAUUUUAAAUGUUAAUUGUAACACAAGAUGAUUAUAUUGUACAUAUUUUUGUUGUUGUUGUUCCGUCUAUUUUGCUGAUUAUACUUGUUUAUUGUUGUUCUUCCGUGUCUGUCGUGUUUUAUCUGUUUGUCUUAAACUUUGUAUUUUAUAUCUUGUGAUUUUUGAUACUACA